CGGGGUCAUCUUCCCAGAGCUGGGAUGAUUUACCCGUUCGAAGAGACCUUGAUGCAGCGGCGUCACAGCGACGUUGCCAUCUUCAGCGCCAUCUGCAGGAGCCACCCUGGGUCCCUGGUCACCACCCGCCUCCUGAACGACGUUUUCUCGCGCAUCUUCGAAGAGGCGACCGAGCUGCUGCCGCAGUACGGGGGCAUGUUCAACAAGGACCCCAUCGCCUUCAUGCGCCUCCUCCGAGGCAGGCCAGCCCUGCGAGAUGUGUGGAUGAGACGCUCGGCGGACCUCUUUGCCAGCGUCUUCGUGAUCCUCCGCGCUGCUCGCAAGGCCUGGUUCGAGGACCCGCGGCCGCCGUUCGAGACCAACGAGCACUGCAAGUUGGCUCGGGCGAUCGAUGCCUUCCUCGAGGUAGACACGCUCGAC